AUGACUCCCUACUUUGACGUCUCCCAUCUUCCCUCCUCAACGUCCUUCUACUCCGCCAUUUUUCAAUCUCUGGGCAUCCACUAUAUAUCUACGGAUUCCCAGACCGCUCCCCCGGACGCCAACGCCAGCGCCAACGAAGGCGCCGACACCGACUCCAAGACGGCCAUCACCACUUCAGGUCCUGGCAGACUUCCCAGCACCGUCACAUACGGUAUACUGUCCCCGCUCACCCCCAUUUUCCAGAUCCGCGAGGCCCGCAAUUCCAGCGAGCCCCUGAAGCUCUCUCGCGCCGUCUUUUCUGCUCCCUCCCCCACCGCUGUCACUGACUUCCACGCCUUUGCCGUCCGGGCCAAUCCGAACCUGCUGUCCAGCGUCCCGGCUGAUCACUUCACUCGUCCCGCUUUAAUCACUCAAAGUGGCGAUAUCCACCGGGCUACUGUGACCGACUUGGACGGUAACACCAUGGAAGUUGUAUAUCAACCCCCUCCCAACUAUCCUCCCUCCUACGCUGGCUCUACUGUUCGAAAGACACAGUCUACCACGGAGGAGGCUGGCCGUAUUCUGGAUUGGAAUUACGACGUUGCAGCAUCCGAGCCCCCCCCGCCGCCUUCUGUUUCCGGUUCCGCUACUGCCGGGACCUUUUCAUCAGUCUUCGCCAUGGCCGCUCGCUCUGGGUCAUUUCCCGGUAACGAACCUCCUUACACAAUGCUUCGUCGAAGCGUCACCACCUCGGUCAUCGAAUCGCCAACCAAAAGAGACGAAAUCCCAUCUCAGCCCUCUCCAUCCAGCGGUGGCAUCGCUACAAACACCCUUGUCGGAAGUCUUUUAGGUGCAGCUGUUGGUGCCGCCGCCGGCGCUGCCGUCACCUACGGAAUGAUGCGCAAGGAACGUGCACGAGCUCCGCGCCAGGAGUUCGAUGGCUCCGGAGCCGCCCCUCCGUUUCAACGCCGUUCCACCUUCCCCGAUCAAUAUACCGAUCCGCAGGCCGGACGUUAUGUCGAAGUCGAGAGGACCGUCGAGAAGAUCCGGUACCCAGAGGCUUACCCGGCACUAUCGGACAACCGAGCACCUCCCCAGUACAUGGCCAAGUACAGCCAGGUCGGCGCUCGAAGCCGUGCCGCAGAUGACCUGUACGACGACACCCGCAGCCGGCACUCGUCUCGCUAUCAGCUCGAAAGAGGCAGCAGUGUUCGUUCUCGCAGCCAAGCCGCCGUUCCCCGAACCGCCCCCCUUAUGCUCACUGAUUACGAGCACCAAAGUAACGCAGGCUCAAGACACAGCAUGGCCAGCAGGUCGGCCGUGCCCCGCACCAUCGUUGACGAUGCCGGAACCUACGUCUCAGCCCGAAGCGGGAGGUCUCAAUCCACCAUCCGUCCGCCCCCGCCCACUGUUGAGACGAUAUUGAGCGGGCGGAGUCAAGCACCUAGCCGUGCACCCAGUCGCGCGCCGACUAUGGCCCCCAGCCUCGUCCCGAGCCGCGCACCCACCAAGGCGCCGAGCAUGGCGCCGAGCAGGGCGCCGAGCAGGGCGCCUAGCAGGCCUCCGACUGUUGUGCGUAGCAGAGCUCCUACUGUGGCACCCAGCCGAGCCCCGAGCAUGGCACCCACUCAGGCGGCGCCGGCUACUGUUGUCCCUAGCAAGGCACCCAGCAGAGCACCGAGCAGAGCUCCAACCAGAGCUCCAAGUAGAGCUCCAACGGCGGUUCGAAACACUCAACCCGUCUUCGCCUACCCCCCUGCCACGCGAGCACCGACCUAUGUGUCGGCACGCGGCCCUCCUCCGCCAAAGAGCCGCAUUGACAGUGGUCGUAGUGCCUGGGAAGAUGACGCCAUCAGCGUAGCACCAAGUGAUAGUAUCAGCUGUAUCGGCAGCAAGACCAGCAGGCCUAUCGGGGCUGGCAAGACCUCCAAUGUCGAGCGACUCAAAAUUAUCAACAGAUUACUCGGCCGCACAGAACGAGCACGGAUACGGAUGCAUGGCAUGGCAGUUGUUCUAUUUACAAAGGAUGAUGACGACCAGAUGAGGCUGAAGCCGGGGCAAUACGGAAAUGAUUAUACUAGAAAAGCUCUUCACAAGGCUGAUCUCGCUGACAUGGGCUUCCACGGAGGUCUACCAAGCUGGACCAAAGCUAUGGACUGUUUGGUUAUCACCGUCACCAAUAGUAUUAUCCGAUAUCUUAACGCUAUGCCCAAAUUCACUUACCUUACUUUCAAGAAGUUCAAAUAUUUGGGCUUUGGGUCUGAGGUCCUAGAGACGAAUAAAAUGCCCCUCGCGGGGCAUCACUCCGAUCCUCGGCGCCCCGCAUGCCACGGCAUAGACCAACAAUUACCAGUCACAGACUCUCAAUCCCACUCAAGUGCCGGCAAACCGGGGACAUGGACACUGGAGGUAAAUCUGAUGAGAUUCGCAAUUGACAGCAUAUUUUCAUCGACAACUACUGGGCAGGGCCACCAUUUUCAAUACCUUGUACCCAUUUUAGACUACUUGAAAUCUCAAUCAACGACGCAUAAAAGCCCACACCACAUCACCUCGGUGAAAUACAGAGCAAUUCACGUAGAUAAAAAGCACAAGUCAAGAUUGUCACAAUGCCCGCUCUGGAAUUGGGACAGUCCAUCCCGCCAGACACUGCUCAUGUACGCCGAAGCCACUUCCAUGUGGUUCCCUUUCCUUGUUCAGAGCCAUGCAGUGAGCGUUCAGCUUCCUACGUGGAAGGCAAAUGUCGGCUAUGAAGAGGGAGAAUCAUGGGUCGUCGAUAAGAUGACCACCGGUUACCCCAGAUUCUUCAUUCAUAGGAGCAUUGUAGCCUUGGCUGAAGAUCUGAUUGCCCAACAUGGCCCUUCGGGUCAGAAAGCCAUGUUGUUUCCCACCCCUCGUAUUGCGAGAAGGUGCCUGGCCUUUGUAAAGAAACAUGCAGAUGCCUCAAUUUCUGCCGGUGCCACCGUCAUUGAUUUCGGGCUCGACAUGACCAAGGAUAUCUCACCGCUCCUGCGCUCCCUGUCACCCACUGUCUCUGCCGUGGUGUAUGCCCCCGAGGUAUUCCCCUUUGCCAAGCAGUACUGGCAGCAUACAGGAGACGGAAUCUCAAGCCGAAGAGCGGAAUUCUGUCAUGGUCUAUUGAAGGAGGGCCUCUUCGUUCCCGUGGCAAGGCCCAACUCCCCAGUGGGAAAAGCCCACAGAGGUCCGAAGAGAUACCAUCGCCCAUCUUCCAUCGACGACACCAAGACGGCUCACCACCCAGCAGCCAAGGUGAACCCCCAGAGUGCGUUUGAAACGCAAGAAAGCCUACGCUUUCUCGAGGAACGCUUUGGCCGUAACCUCGACCUGUCCCUCGUCGAGCGCGCCAGGUCGGCCAUUAAGCGUAGAAUUGCGGGCGCCAUGGCUGCCGACAUGGAGGCCAGCAUCAGCUCACUGCCUCCCAUGGGAGAAAACGCGAGAAACCAAAAGGACCUGCAAGAAAGCGACGUAUACUUGUUUCCAUGUGGCAUGAAUGCCAUCUACAACGCCCACCGGGCCAUGCUGCGCGCUAGGGGCGACCUCCAAUCUGUCAACUUUGGCUUCCCCUACGUCGAUACGCUCAAGAUCCUACAAAAGUUUGGUCCCGGCUGUCUCUUCUAUGGGCGCGCUUCAGAGGAUGAUCUUGACGAUCUCGAAAAGCGCCUAGAGAGUGGCGAGCGCUUCCUGGCGCUCUUUUGUGAAUUUCCCGGCAAUCCUCUCCUAACUUGCCCCAACUUGGCGCGGAUCCGUACCCUCGCAGACAAGUACGAUUUCGGCGUCGUUGUGGACGAGACCAUCGGCAGCUUCAUCAACAUUGACGUGCUACAAUACGCAGACAUAGUCGUAAGCAGUCUGACCAAGAUAUUCUCGGGCGACUGCAACGUCAUGGGCGGCAGUGCCAUCCUGAAUCCAAGCGGCAAGUACUAUCAGGCCCUGAAGGGUGCUUGGAUCGAGGAUCUGGAAGAUACGUACUGGCCAGAGGACGUCGUUUUCAUGGAGCGUAACAGCCGCGACUUUGCAUCGCGUAUUGAGCGCAUCAACGAGAGUUCCGAGACAAUUUGCGACAUCCUCUCGGCCCAUCCGCUGGUAAAAUGUGUUUACUACCCGAGAGUAAAUCCGACGAGAACCAACUACGAUCUCUGCAAAUUGCCUGGUGGGGGUUAUGGCGGGCUUCUGUCGGUCACGUUUCACAAGACGGCCCACGCCAUUGCCUUUUUCGACGCCAUUGAGACGGCUAAGGGCCCAAGUCUGGGUACGAACUUUACUCUGACAUCGCCUUAUGUACUGCUGGCCCAUUACCAAGAGCUCGACUGGGCCGCUGGUCUGGGUGUUGAUCCGGACCUCAUCCGCGUCAGUGUCGGCCUGGAGGAGAAGGAUGAGCUGCAAAAGAUUUUCACCAGUGCUCUUCGAGCAGUCGAAAAGUCACAAGAUGAUUGA